CGCAUGGAGGCCAUGCUGAGCUCCUUCCAGUCCGACCUGAGCAGCAUCAGCUGUGAGAUCCAGACGCUGCAGGAGCAGUCGGUCGCCAUGAACGUCCGCUUGCGCAACCGCCAGGCCGUCCGCGGGCGCCUCUCCCAGCUGGUGGACGAGCUGGUGGUGCCCAACGUCAUGAUCAGCACCAUCCUGGAGACACCAGUGACCGACCAGGCCUUCCUGGAGCAGCUGCAUGAACUCAACAACAAGAUCAACGCCGUGAAGGAGCAGGCCUUCCGUGAGACCAUGGCCUGCACGGACGUGGCGGACAUCCUGGACAAGCUGAAGGCCAAGGCGGUAGCCAAGAUCCGGGAAUUCAUCCUGCAGAAAGUCUACUCCUUCCGCAAGCCCAUGACCAACUACCAGAUCCCCCAGAAUGCCCUGCUCAAGUACAGGUUUUUCUACCAGUUCCUGCUGGGCCACGAGCGGGUCAUCGCCAAGGAGGUCCGGGACGAGUACGUGGACACCAUGAGCAAGAUCUACCUCAGCUACUUCAAGUCCUACACCAACCGCCUGAUGAAGCUCCAGUACGAGGAGGUGGCUGAGAAGGACGACCUGAUGGGAGUGGAAGACACCGGCAAGAAGGGCUUCUUCUCCAAGCCUUCCCUCCGCAGCCGGAACACCAUCUUCACCCUGGGGAACCGGGGGAACGUGAUCAGCAGCGCCGAGCUGGAGGGCCCCAUCAUCGUCCCCCACUCAGCGCAGAAGAGCGACGUCCGAUAUCCCUUUGAGUCGCUCUUCCGGAGUCAACACUACGCCCUGCUGGACAACAGCUGCCGCGAGUACCUGUUCCUCUGCGACUUCUUCCUGGUGGCCGGGACCCCCGCCCUGGACCUUUUCAACGCCGUCAUGGGCAAGACCCUCGCCAUGUUCCUCAAGCACAUGGAUGCCUACGUGAGCGACUGCUAUGACAGCAUCGCCGUCUUCCUCUGCAUCCACAUCGUCCUUCGGUUCAAGGCCCUGGUGGCCAAGCGCAAUGUCCCGGCUAUUGACAAGUACUGGGACACAUUACUGGAACUGCUCUGGCCGCGAUUUCAGUACAUUCUGGAGCUGAAUAUUCACAGCAUCCAGAGCACGGACCCCCAGAAACUGGGCUUCCUCGACACGCGUCCCCACUACAUCACCCGGCGGUACGCAGAGUUCUCCUCGGCCAUCGUCAGCAUCAACCAGACCUUCCCCCACGAACGGACUUUGGCCCUGCUGGGGCAGCUCCAGACCGAAGUGGAGAACUUCGUCCUGCGUGUGGCAGCUGAAUUCUCCUCCCGCACCGAGCAACUCAUCUUCCUCAUUAACAACUACGACAUGAUGCUGGGUGUCCUGAUGGAGCGAGCGGUGGAGGAGAGCAAGGAGGUGGACGGGUUCCAGCAGCUGCUGAAUGCCCGCACUCAGGAGUUCAUCGAGGAGCUCCUGGCCCCGGGGUUCGGGGGCAUGAUAGCCUUCGUGAAGGAGGUGGAGGGGCUGUCCGAGCGGGGACAGCUGGAGCGCCUGCGAGGGGAGGAAGCCCGGGUGACGCAACUGGUGCGGGGCUUUGCCACCACCUGGAAGGCCUCGGUGGAGACCCUUAGCCAGGACGUGAUGCGCUCCUUCACCAACUUCAAGAACGGGACCACCAUCAUCCAGGGGGCGUUGACGCAGCUGAUCCAGUACUACCACCGCUUCCACAAGGUCCUGGCGCUGCCCCCUCUGAAGGCCCUCUCCGUCCGCUCCGAGCUCAUCAACAUCCACCACCUGAUGGUCGAGGUGAAGAAGCACCGGCCCAACUUCUGAGGGUGGAAGCCCCCCACCCCCUUGUACAGUCCUGUUAAUAAACUCUCUUGUGACCCA